AUGGCGUCGAGAUCCUUCAUUGACGGCAAGACUGCCCUUCUUCUGACACCGCUCGUGUCAUCGACAUGCACGCUCCUCUUCGCACACGACCAAGACUACUUCCUGCGCAUGCUCACUGUCCCCGCGACAUCAGAUCUCUGCAACCGCAUGCUGCCGCCGUACAUGCGAAGCUUCUUCCCUAUCGGCCUUAGGCGCGUCAUUACCUUUAUCGGCGUCACCACCUGGGCGUCCAUUGGAUCGCUGUACGUUGCUAGCCCGCUGCUGCGCGCGCGGGGUUCGCUAGGCUGGUAUAGAGCUACAGCCGCACUGGCAACGGCUCAUUUGAUCUUCAUACCGUGGGUUGCGCCCAAGAUUAAGGCGUUGUUCCAUGGCGAUGAGACGGCGAUUGAAGACGAGGACGACGAUACGAUAAAGCCCAAUAUCAAGGUUAUGAAGGAGUGGUUGAGCGUCAAUCUUGUUCGAAGCUUGACGACAGAUUUGGGCGCAUUUGUAUGUGCUUUUAUUGCUGUGGCCAAGACAUUUUCGCUGGACCAGUAG